UGUUAGCGUUUAAACGAAGGGUUUUUUUGUUUUCUUAUUGACUACUUCUUCUCCCGCUAUAUGUUAUCGUUCUGAAAUUCCAAUUUGACAUUUCAAGUGGCAAACGAAACGAAAAGUAAACAACCAGCGCCGCGUAAAGUGAAAAGUUGUGUGUUAGUGAUUUUAGUGUAAAAUUAACCAUUUAUUAAACUUUUUUAGAUUAUUUUAGCUUUCAGUAAUAGAAAAAAUGUCUUCGAGUUUUGAUUCCAACCUCCGGCGGCAGCGAAAGCGGUAUUUGGAAGAUUUGGAGCGAGAAACAGAGGCAGAAUGGAACCAGAUAAUUUGCUCCAGAUCGGACGGAGAAGUAGAAAUUUCUUUUCCAAAUAUGAUAAAUGACCAAACUGCCGAUACUAACAACAAUGGUGAUGGUAAUGAUACUAACAACUUUAUGGAUAUGGACGUUGAUUUGGGAAAUAACAUAGAUGAUGUAGAUAGUAUUAGAAACAAUGUGGAAAGUGAUCAUGAGGAUGCCGAUUGUGACGGUGAUGAUAAUAUCACAGCAGGUUGGGGGACUGCUUACAGUUUCUUAGAGAAAUUGACGGGGACAGAAGCUCUAAAAUACUGGGCAAUUUUGGGAAACCUGCCACGAUCGUUACUUAAUAUGCUUCUGGCGAUCUUAAGGCAUCAUUUCAACAUUGAUGUUCCGAAAGAUACGCGGACAUUCCUCAAAACCCACACCCAGACUGGUUUGGAAAUUCAAUCGCUCGCGGGUGGACAAUUCUGGUAUCAAGGGAUUGAGACGGUCCUGCAACAACAUUUUCGAAAUGUCAUUCCCGAAGAAGACCUUUUUACGAUUCAAGUGUCUAUCGACGGGCUUCCACUCUUCAGAAGUUCAAAACGGCAACUGUGGCCGAUACUGAUAAGGGUGGAAGAAUUGCGAGAGGCUCCGGUUAUGCUUGUCGGUUUCUAUAGUGGACUGGAAAAACCGGAGCUGGUGGAAGAAUAUUUUCGGCCACUAGUGUUGGAGAUCAAUGAUCUUCAACAAAGAGGCUUGCAGUUCGGCAACAAGCUAGUGCGUUUCGCUUUAAGCAUAUUUGUUGCCGAUUCUCCAGCGCGAGCGCUUGCUAAAGACAACGAGUGGACAAAGAUCAUCAUAAAGAAUGGCGGACACCAAUCGAAGAUGUGGACAAUUUUGAUAUGA